CGUCACCCAUGUAAUAUUUUUUCGGUUUUAAGGCAGCUUAUGUUCAAUGCUUCUCUUCCGUAUUUCUCUCGUUUGCGGAAUUCGGCUCACAUCUCAUGCGCUGGUAAGAAAGCGAUAGAUCCGAUCAUUGCUUUAUUUGGUGGACUGGACGUACUACUGAUGGCUCUAGGUUUAUUGAACCCAACCCUGCAAAGCAUCGCCGGAGUAAGAAACCCUAUUUUGUAAUCUGGUCGAUCGCCAGCAAUUCAUGGAAGGGCUGCCAUGGUGGAGGAUGAGACUCUCAUAUCGGAACGCAACUAUUGUCUUAUGCUUCCUUAAUGUCGUUGCGGCCGUCUUCCUGCUCCGGGGAUUCUUUAGCUUCGCCGACAAGAGAAUUGCCCGCGCUAACAAAAGUGAUAUCGCACGAACGAGAUACAUAAUGGAGUCUGAACAGAUACGCCGUUCGAUGGAGCCCAUGGAUUUAAUCAAAAGAAUCAAAGAAAUAGAAGAAGAAGCAUACACUGAACCCGGCGGGGAGACUAAACAAGUGCCUAAGCAAACUGCUGCAGUUGAUCUGUCAAAAAGGUUGAACGAUUUAAGGGCAAUGAAUGAUGCCAACAAAGCUCUGGAGGAAUGGAGGAAAAGGAAGAUGGAGCGAGCCAGACAACGCGAAAUUGAGAGAAAUACGACAUUGACAUCUCAAACCUGAGCAACAUCAUAUCAUGUAAUCAUGCAAUUCUAUUUAUAAGAUUUAGUUACAUACCACGCAGUUCUUA